AUGUCGAAAGACGACUCGUUUUUUCCUCCGACUACUUCCUUGCGCAUUAUCAGUCCAUCAUCCGCCAACGGAAGUAAGGAAUCCCUCCAUGGUUCUUCUUCUCCAUCGGAGAAUUUUUCAAAUUACGAAACGGGUUAUCCUCUUCUGUCUCCGUGGAGGACCCCGCUGAUUUCAAUUCCAGAUCCAUCUCAGAUCCAAUCUCCGACAUCGAAGGAGAAGAAUGCCGCAGCUCCGUCGCUGCAAUCAGAUACUCAACAAUUCAGCACUCAGCAUAAUAAUCACGCCAAAUGGGGUAGGGUUUGCAAUAAGGUCAAUUAUCCAGCGGAGCCAACUAAUUCAGCUCAGAGUACUCCGGCCAAGAGCCAUAGGUUUUCCAGUGUGGGCGGACGGAGCAGCUUUUCCAAGUCACGGGGAGUCUUGCAGCAAAUUGCUAACGCUGAGACAGCUGUCGAUGUUCCACAUUUCGAGCUGGUGCAGGAUCCUUCCUUUUGGAAAGACCACAACGUGCAGGUUUUGAUUCGUAUAAGACCAUUGAAUAACAUAGAAAAGGUCUCACAAGGAUAUGGAAGAUGUUUGAGGCAAGAGAAUGCUAAAACCUUGGUAUGGCUUGGCCACCCAGAGACACGAUUCACCUUCGACCAUAUUGCUUGUGAAACUAUUUCUCAGGAAAAUCUUUUUGCUGUUGCGGGGUUGCCAAUGGUUGAAAAUUGUAUGUCUGGAUACAAUAGCUGCAUGUUUGCGUAUGGCCAGACUGGUAGCGGGAAGACAUACACAAUGAUGGGUGAUAUAGGCCAUACAAUACAGAGUGGGAAUCUCAAUGAGGACUACGGGAUAACCCCCCGCAUAUUCGAACACUUGUUUUCCAGAAUUAGAGAGGAGGAGUACAAGGGAAGGAAUGAGGGGCUAAAGUAUAGCUGCAAAUGUUCUUUUCUGGAGAUAUACAACGAGCAGAUCACUGACCUUCUUGAGCCUUCAUCCAAUAAUCUUCAACUCAGAGAAGAUUCAAAGAAAGGUGUGUACGUUGAGAAUCUGACCGAGUACAAUGUCUGUACAGUUGAUGAUGUUCUGAAGCUUCUUUUACAGGGUUCUGCAAACAGAAAAAUGGCCGCAACUUAUAUGAACAGCGAAAGCAGUAGAUCCCAUAGUGUUUUUACUUGCGUCAUUGAGAGUUGUUGGGAGAAAGACUCCAUGACACACCUUAGGUUUGGGAGGUUGAAUUUGGUUGAUCUAGCUGGUUCUGAGAGGCAGAAGAGCUCAGGGGCUGAAGGAGACCGUUUGAAAGAAGCAGCAAAUAUAAACAGAUCAUUGUCGACUCUUGGAUUGGUUAUAAUGUCUCUGGUGGAUUUAGCGCAAGGGAGACACAGACAUGUACCUUACAGAGACUCUAGACUAACCUUUCUUCUCCAGGAUUCACUAGGUGGCAACUCUAAAACAACUAUUAUUGCGAACAUCAGCCCAUCUCUUUGCUCAGCAAAUGAGACCUUGAGCACCUUAAAAUUUGCCCAACGUGCCAAACUCAUUCAGAAUAAUGCUAAGGUUAACGAAGAUGCUUCUGGUGAUGUUAUGGCAUUGCAACAGCAAAUCCAAGAACUGAAGGUUAAAGUUGCUCAUCGCAGAGACGAUUCAAUAGCUGAAUUGGUGCCUGAUAUCCCAUCAGAAGGAGGUAGUAAUGAUAUUCAAAAGGAGCUCAUUCAUGCAAGGUCUUUGAUUGAAGCUAUGGAAACGAAACAAAUCACCUUGAUUAAGGAGCUCGAAUUGCUUCAAAAAGAGAACUAUAACUUGAGGGAAUUAUUGCUCCAGGACCAGGCAAAGAGAAACAAGCUUAGUGAGAAUCACACCAGUGAACUGGUUUUGCAAUCUAAGCUAGAGAAACUGUCUCAAGAUCUUACCAUGGCUCAGCUACUUAAUAGCAAAUAUCAAGAGGAUCACGCUAUGGAAUUGCUCCAAAACCAGCAAAAUCAAUUAGUCCAGGCAGAAGUUGAGAUGGAGACAACUAAAACAAUUCUGCACUUGCAGAAUGAGAUUGCAUUGCUGCAUUCUGAACUACAAGGGAGAUUGCGCUUGCUGGAAGUUGAAAACGGAAGUCUAAGAAAUUGCUUGGCAGCAAAAGAAAGUGAACUAGACACAUUAUGUUCUGAUUGGGAAAGGGCAACCAUUGAACUAACAACCUUUUUAUUGGACGGUUCAAAAUCGCUUAAAGAUGCAUCUUCGCAGGUCGAGACCAUUACUAGUUUAUUUCCUUGUGAUAAUAUACAGAUCAGUGAACAAGUUGAGAGAAUUGCGAAGUUGUGCAUUGAUAAAGAUGAAAGUAUCCUUCUGUUGAAGAGCAGUUUGGAAGAUGCACAGAGGACGGUAUUGGAAAUGGAGCAGAAAUUGAAUUCUUUGCGAGGUGCAACAAUUGCUUUGACUGAGGUUCAGAAGAAGAAGAUUGGCUAUGAAAGGCAUGCUGGAGAUAAUUUCUCAGAGCAGGGAGGAGAUCCAAAUAAACAGGGUAGUAUGGUUCUUGGGGAGCAUGUUGACAAUUCACCUCUGGCUGAUGAAAAUGCGGAUAUUGAGUUAGCAUGCUUGGAACUUCUGGAAGCUAUAUUAUGUCAUCCUGAAGCAGAAAGCCUAUUUGUAUCGGUUCGUUCAAUUGUGCCCGAAACAAUUUCUUCAUCCUAUGGGUCGGUUCAUGAUCUUGUGAAUGGUAUCCAUGAAAUAAGAAAAAGGUUUCUCAACCUAAAAGCAAACUAUGGAAGCUUUUUCCAGUGUCAGACAGCCAGAAAUAAUCCAUUAGUUCAUUCGUGUAGGUUUUUUAGGGGUGAGGAGAAUGAGGAGCUUGCAUUGGAUCAAAUAAGAGAUGAACUCAAGAAAGUUAAUGAGAGACUGGAUUCAAUGAUCAUGUACAUUUCUGGUGUAACGAAGGUUAAUGCUGGAGAAUCGGAUGGAUGGACUAGUGAUUUUUCAACAUCAAGUUAUGAUUCUUCAAUUGACAUUGCUGCAAGGUCACAGCAACUCGUAUCAUUUGCAUCUGAUGGAAAAACAGUUGACCAGGAGUUUGCAGAGAGUUCUUUUCAUUCUUCUGAAUAUCAGAAAGUGGAACAUUCACAAAUGCCAAUCCAAAACAUGAGCUCUGAUGGAACACUGCUAUGUUAUCUUAGGGAGGAAUUCAGAGAAAUGUGUAAUGCUUUUGGGAAAAUAAAUGCUCAGUUUACUGCAAUUUCCCAUUCAAAAUGUGUUAGCAAUGGCAACAAUAUUAUUGAUAAAAAUCACGGGGUAAUGCAGAUAACAAAUGGCCACCGUGAUAUAAAGGCUGACAGCUUCUUUACCAAAUUUGAGGAAGUUCAAGGAACCAUGGAGGAAGCCGAUUGUAUGUUGAACACAUUGCUGCAGUCAAAUGAAGAUGCAAAGAAGUUGUCUUCUAUUUGGAACCAGGCUAAUAGUGAUUUAGCAUUGCAGAAAAGUAACUUAAUUGGAGAGAUCACCCAACAAAGUUCCUCUAUUUAUAUGCAGGAGGACUCAAAUGAACUUCUGCAGGACCAAAUGCAUUUCAUGCUGAAAGAAAUAGCUACUCUGAUGUCUCUCUUAGAUAGUUCAUUUCAGCAGUACGUGGAAGAUCUUUGCAAUACAACAUAUUCUGACGCCAUUCUAACAGUGAAGGAGACACUGAACAACAUUUCCAGUUUAAGAUCAAGAGUGGAAGACAUUUCAUCGCUGGUAAAAGAGAAUGGAAUUGUUUAUUUUUUGCCUAAUCGCUACUACUUAAGAGAAUCUAAUGAAGUAAGCCAACUAGACAGAAAUUUGGAUGUUUUGGUCUCCUCACUUGAUGUUGAAGAAGAAGUUGCUGUGUUGCAUAGUGAGAGCAGGGAAAAGGGGGCAGAGGUUGCUAAGGAAGAAUGUUGGAUUGAAAAAUGCGGAAGAUCAGCAGCAAAACCAAAGGAUGGUGUGGUUCAUGAUGACAUGAUAAUGGAGAAUUUGAAACUAAAGAGAGCAUUGGAGCAUAAAGAGGCUCUAUUAAAAGGUUUGCUUUUCGAUUUUAGCUUGUUGCAAGAAUCAACUAGCAGGAGAAAAGAUGCCAAGGAUGAUGCAGUGAAGAUGUACGUGACAUUGAUACAAGUUCAGAAGGAACUAAAGAUGAAAACAGACGAGCUUGAUAACGUGCGUACUCAGUGUGCCAUGCUUGAAGGCUGUUUGACUGAGACUGAGAAGUCUCUCUCUGCCACAAAUUUUGAUUUAGAGCAGGUCAGAGGCGAAUUGGAUGUCUUGUCUGACAGGAAUGCUGAGUUGAGAAAGCUUGUGAAAGAUCUUUACCAAAAGAAAUCAGAAGCCGAGCAGCAAUUACAAGAACAAACGGAUACUAUCAAAGACUUGGCAAAUGAAAUUCUUCGGAUGGCUUCUUCAGCCGAGGAAAGUUUGGCCUUGUCAGUGAAAGACAUCAAAGAUGAUGUGGCAAGGGUGACGAUGGAGAGAGAUUCACUUCUUGACCAACUUCAAGCCUUAAAAGAUAAGCUUGAUUUUGUGUAUGCAUUGACAGAUGAGAAGGAUGCCAUUAUCUCAGAAGCUCGCCAGGAGUCAGGAGCUAGUAAAGAAUAUGCCGAGCAAAAGGAAGAGGAAGUAAAGAUUUUAGAACGAUCAGUGGAGGAACUUGAAAGUACCAUCAAUGUUCUGGAAAAAAAGGUGUAUGAAAUGGAAAAAGAGGUUGAAAGACACCGUGAAAUAAAAAUUUCCUCAGAAGUGGAACUUCGUGAUAUGAGAGAGAGAUUACUGAUGGUUGAGAACAUGACUGAAAAUAUAGAUUCCCAUAGCUCAAGCGGGGAACUGUUCGAGAACAAAACUUUGAGGAAAUUGCACGAAGUAUCCAUGGAACUUUGUAAGGCACAUAAUCAAAUAAAUAUUCUCGAAAAAGAGAAGGAAAAACUAGUUAAAGAGAUCAAGCAAUAUCAAGAGUAUGUCACUGAACUAAUUAUGCAUGCUGAAGCACAGGCAUCACAGUAUCAACGGAAGUACAAGAACCUAGAGUUAAUGGUGAAUGAAGUUACAACAGAUUCAUUCAAAGUAGUAACCGGAGCAGCAAUGACAGAGAAAUUGGAGAAAACUUCGGCAAAAUCAAGAGGUUCAAGUUCACCAUUUAGAUGCAUUUCUAAUUUGGUUCAACACAUGAAUUUGGAGAAAGACCAGGAGUUGUCAGCUGCCAAGCUACGGAUAGAAGAACUCGAGGCAUUGGUGGGUAGCAAGCAGAAAGAUGUAUGUUUGCUAAACACUAGGCUGGCUUCAGUAGAAAGCAUGACUCAUGAUGUUAUCCGGGACUUACUAGGUGUCAAACUUGACAUAACUAACUACUCGGAUUUGAUUUCUGAAAAUCAAUUGCAAAAGUUAGUAGAGGACGCUUUGCAGCAGGCGCAACAACACAAAGCCAUGGCAAAAGAAAUACUGAAGCUUCAAAUGCAAAUAAGUGAUCUAGUUGAGGAAAAAGAAAGUUGCAUAUUGGAAGUGAAUAGAAGAGAGGCAGAUCUACUUGCCACUCGUGUAACCCUAGAGCAAAUACGCGAGAGAGAUCAAUUGCUGAUUGCACAAAAUGAGAUGUUGAAGGCAGACAAAACCAACUUACAGAGGAAGGUAGCCGAGCUGGAUGAUAUGGUGAAGAAACUUUUCGGAACAACACGAAGUUUCGAGCUACCAGAAAUGCAGGAAUCGCAGCAUAACAUGACAAGGAGAAGGGACAGUAGCCUUGGCAGGAACAGGACAAAGUAG